CGCCUCAGUCAUCAUGGACGAUGCAGUCGAGAAGCCUGUAGGUUCCAAAAAGUUUUCUAGAUUAGCCACGAGAUACCCAGAAGUUGUCGGAAUUAGCCUCUUCACUGGCUAUGUGCUGUUUAAUGGAAUGUACAAUUUCGCUUUGGGGAGGAAUGAAGUUGCUUCGCGAAUGAUGCGUUGGCGAAUCUACGGGCAGGCUUCUGCAAUUGGUCUCGCAGCUCUUAUUGCUCUUCUGUCAUUUCGAAGAUUGCACGAAACAGAAGAGGCUCCGAACCGCAAUGCGUG